AUGUCUACUGCCGCUGGUCGAUUGAACGGCAGCGUUAGAGGCUCUGAUCCUACUCGCCGUCCUGUUGCACAUUUCGAUCUUCCUGACCGCUCCUACAAUAUGAAUGUCUCGAAUGGCAACGGAAAUGGGCAUGGAGUUGACCAUCCUGACUCCGACAGCGCCUCCUCCACCUCCACCAAUACCACCAACGGCACUCAAACACGCCGUCCAGGCAUGUCUCGCAAGGCCUCAUCACCUAUGGCCCCCGCCUUUAUGGUAUCCGCUCCCGGGAAAGUCAUUGUCUUUGGUGAACAUGCCGUUGUUCAUGGCAAGGCUGCCUUGGCUGCCGCCAUCUCUCUCCGCUCCUAUCUUCUCGUCACGACCCUCUCCAAAUCGCAGCGUACUAUCACAUUGAACUUUCGCGACCUAGGGUUCGCUCAUACUUGGCAAAUUGAUGAACUCCCCUGGGAUGUCUUCCACCAACCAUCCAAGAAAAAGUUCUACUACGAUCUCGUCACAUCCCUCGAUCCCGAGCUCGUCGCCGCAAUCGAACCCCACCUCGCGCACGUUUCUAAGGAUGUCCCUGAAGAAAUGCGCAAGACCCACGUCCGAUCCGCUUCUGCCUUCCUCUACCUCUUCCUCUCCCUCGGUUCCAAGCAAAGUCCCGGUGCAAUCUACACCCUCCGCUCCAACAUCCCCACAGGCGCAGGCCUGGGCAGCUCGGCCAGUGUCUGCGUCUGCCUAAGUUCCGCCCUCCUCCUACAAAUCCGCACUCUAGCCGGUCCCCAUCCAGACCAACCUCCCGAGGAAGCCGAGACCCAAAUUGAACGUAUCAAUCGCUGGGCCUUUGUCGGCGAGCUCUGCAUCCACGGCAACCCCAGUGGAGUCGAUAACACGGUAGCCGCAGGCGGCAAAGCCGUGAUCUUCAAACGCUCCGAUUACACCAAACCACCCGAGGUCAUUUCCCUGCCCGAUUUCCCCGAACUACCCCUCCUUCUCGUCGACACGCGCCAGUCCCGCUCCACCCUGACCGAAGUCGCCAAGGUUGGCGAAUUGAGGAAACGCCACCCGGUCGUCACAGAGUCCAUCCUCGACGCUAUUGACCAAGUCACCUGUUCCGCGCGCUCCCUCAUCGAGUCCCCCGACUGCGACAGUGCCUCAACCGAAACCCUCGAACACUUCGGUGAACUUAUCCGCAUUAAUCACGGCUUCCUCGUCUCGCUGGGCGUCUCGCACCCGCGUCUCGAGCGCAUCCGCGAACUGGUCGACUAUGCCGAUAUUGGUUGGACCAAGUUGACCGGUGCCGGCGGCGGUGGUUGUGCGAUCACCUUGCUCCGCCCGGACGCGAAGCCCGAGGUCGUGCGUGACUUGGAAGCCAAGCUUGCGGACGAGGGAUUCGCCAAGUACGAGUCUACGCUUGGCGGAGACGGUGUUGGCGUGCUGUACCCGGCUGUUUUGCGGAACGGCUCUGAUGAGGAGGGCGGCGAGGAGAUUGAUCAGCAGAAGUUUGAGAAUGCUGAGGGGCCGGAGGGUAUUGAGAGGCUUGUUGGUGUUGGCGCUAAUGCCCGGGAGAGGAGGGAGGGUUGGAAGUUUUGGAAACGCGCUACGCAAUAA